GUAACUACGCUCUCUCUUCACUGUUAGCCAUGGCUUCCACCUCAUCUAGCAUUGUGUUCGACGACAUCUUUACGAUUAAUGCCAUCGACAAGGAUGGCAAAAAAUUCGACCGAGUAUCUCGGUUAUACGCUCGUUCAAAGAACUAUGACAUGGACUUGACGCUUGAUUAUAAUAUCGAGCUCUUCCCUCUAGUCAAUGGGGACAGUUUCGCGAUGGCCCUUGCUUCGUCGCUGUCACGGGACGGCGGUGCGCCCAACGCAGACGGAGAAGAUGGGGAGGACAAAGACAGAGAUGUAUGGAGACCAGAUGGUAAAGGAAAGAGAGGCUUGGAAGAAGAUUAUGACUAUGUGAUGUAUGGGAAGGUAUAUAAGUUUGAUACUGGAUCAUCCGACAUCGUCACGGCCUACGCGUCAUUCGGUGGACUGUUGCUCUCAAUAACUGGUUCAUAUCGACACUUGACCAAUGUCGUGCUUGGCGAUCCAGUGUAUGUGCUACUUAGGAAAUGAUCGUUGCAGAUUUUGGUUCUGCAAAGUACUGCAGCACUCAUCGUGACGCAUGUACUCAACCAUCAAAUUCGUAGUCAGCGAACUACAUGAUUGCGUGGUUUAGUCGUGCACCUACAUGGAGAGGGAACGUCCUGUUGGAAGUCACCGUUUCAGUUCUGAAAUUUGAGCGUAUUCACAGUUCCCA